AUGCAUUCCAUUCUCUAUAGCUUCUACUUCAAAUUGUUGAUCUUGCUAGUAGCUAUGGAUCCUAAUGGCUCCUAUCCUAACAUUUCCCCCUUGCAUGAAGCAUUGAGAGGCACGACAGCCAUGCCGACAUUAAAAGAUUUUGUAGCCCUUGAAUCCCCAUCAUCAAAUUCACCUUCAAUAGAAAAUUCCUCACCAAUCAUCCAUGCACCACGAGAAGCUUAUGUGAUGUUAGUCAAUGAUAGAUCCAUGAUUCCAUACCAAUCACAUACAGACCUCGCACCACUACCCCCACAAUUGGGUGAUAUGAUCCCUAAUCCUUUAUCCUUGGACAAAAAAGAAAUGUUCUCACAUGAAGAAUUCCUCACAAAUCCUUUUUGGAAUGACUUUGACUCAUCUCAUCAGAGGCAUAAUAUUUCCAUGGAAGCUUCAUCCUUUACAUCGUUACUCCAAACAGAACAAAAAAUAAUUGUUCAUUCCCAAGUUAUCGCUAUGGGCGAGCCGGAUGAUGGUUCGAUCUCUAAGAUGGACAUCAAGCAUGUCUCAAAGGAACAGAACAUACAAGAUGGGAGAUUGUUAUUUGAUGAUCCUUAUGGUGUACCUACCCCUGGUUCUCCAGGCAUGCGGUCCUCACCUAUUCCAAGAGAAGAUAAAAUCCCUCUAGUUGGUGCAAAUGCUAUUUCUGAUAGUGGUAUUACACAUGGUCCUACAACAGCACGCAAGUACAAAUGCAAGAUUUGCAGUGCCACAUUCAACUCAUCUCAAGCAUAUGGUGGUCACAUGAGUUCGCAUAGCAAAGCAAGGAUGAAAAGCCUACAAAGUUGA